GAUUAUUUCCGGAUGAAGCUCCAGUGGCGCUCGCUGAGCCCGGGGCAGCUGCGGAGGAACAAAAUCCUGAGGGGGUACCAGGAACAGCUGGAGCGGGACCUGGCCCGGAGCCCCCCCUCGGUUCCCCCCUCGCUGCUCCGCGACGUCCUCAUGACCUUCUGCAUGUUCAACUUCGACCUCGGGUACGUGAGGGGGAUGAGCGAGGUCCUGACCCCCCUGGUCAGCGUCAGCCCCGAGGAGGUCGAAGCGUUCUGGGCUUUCUGCAGCCUCAUGGAGAUGGUGGGUGAGAAUUUCGGGCCGGGGCUGAAGAGGAAACUGGGAGAACUGGGAGCACUGGUGCGAGUGGUGAACCCCGGGCUGAGCCCCCUGCUGG